AUGGGACCUGGAUUACUAAAUGUCUCAGCUGAAGCUGCCGGCUUGGAAGGAAAAAGUGCCUUCUCGCAAAUGGAACACAACAUAGUUGCUGGAUACUUGAUCGCUGCAUGUGUGAUCAGUUUGUCCAGUAACCUUGUGGUGCUGAUAAUGUUUGUAAAAUUCAAAGAGUUACUGUUUCGCUGGGAACCCGGGGCACGUUCACCAGCUACCACAGACCUCGUUAUACGUAAUGCCACAAAUGCCAUCAUUAUUAAUCUAGCUUUCACUGAUGUUGGAGUGGCAGGAAUAGGUUAUCCCAUGUCUGCUGCUUCUGACCUACACGGCAGCUGGAAAUUCGGCUAUACUGGUUGCCAGAUCUAUGCAGCUCUAAAUAUAUUCUUUGGGAUGGCCAGCAUUGGGCUGCUGACUGUGGUGGCUAUUGACAGAUAUAUAAGUAUCUGCAGACCUGAUAUAGGCCUGAAGAUGACAGCACUGUCAUAUACUUUGUUGAUCAUGGCUGCGUGGCUGAAUGCAGUGUUCUGGUCUGCCAUGCCCAUUGUGGGUUGGGCUGGAUAUGCCCCUGAUCCAACUGGAGCUACAUGCACAAUUAACUGGAGAAACAAUGAUGUGUCCUUCAUCUCUUACACCAUGGCUGUGAUUUCUGUUAACUUCAUCAUACCACUGUCGGUCAUGUUCUACUGCUAUUAUAAUGUCUCAGUCACCAUGAAAAUGUACAAGACUGGUAACUGCCUGAAUAGCAUCAACAUUGACUGGUCAGACCAAAUAGACGUAACCAAGAUGUCUAUCGUGAUGAUUAUGAUGUUCUUGGUGGCCUGGUCUCCAUACUCUAUCGUUUGUCUUUGGGCAUCGUUCGGUGAUCCAAAACAAAUUCCCGCAGCAAUGGCCAUCAUCGCCCCACUCUUUGCAAAGUCUUCCACCUUUUACAACCCUUGCAUUUACGUUAUCGCCAACAGGAAAUUCAGGAGAGCUAUCAUGGGGUUGCUGCGAUGCCAGACCCGACGACAUGUCACCAUCAACAACCAAUAUCCUAUGACCAUCUCUCAGUUGCCUUUAAAUCAAUAGAUAAUGGCAGAUAAUAGUGAUGACCAAUCAGAUGCCAUCAUGCCCUCUGCUCAGAACUGCAUAUUAUCUUGCAUUUCUGUCAGUCUCACUUGGAUUAAAAUACCACUACAUUAUUUGCCUUAUUGUAAAAUAAAUAUUACUUUGUGUUUGUAGAUAUUUUUUUGACCUUGUAUGACAAUAUAAAAAUACCCUCUGCAUUAAAUAGUUAUAAAGAUA